AUGAUGAAAUAUAAGUAUACAGUUAUUGUUCUUAUUUUACAUUUAAUAUUAUCAUGGACAUAUGCGCAAAAUAAUGAAACAAUAAAAUUGGGUGCUAUUGCCAAACCAAAACCAAAAGUAUGUGGUGAUGUUCAUAUUACAAUAUUUGAAGUUCGUCGUGGUCUUGAUAUACAUUUAUAUGCAUCAUGUGAAGUAAUACUUGGUUCAAUAAUUUAUGCUCCAAUGCCUUUAACAACAAAUACAACAGUAACACCAACUGUACCUGUUCGUUUUCCAUAUCUUCGUGAAGUUUAUGGAUAUAUGUUAUUAGGUUAUUCAUUUGUACAUUCAUUUUCAUCAAUGUUUCCACGUUUAUCAAUUAUACAUGGUCGUGUAUUAUAUCAAGGUUAUGCAUUAAUUAUAAUGGAAAAUUUACAAUUAGAUGAAUUAGGUUUAACAUCAUUAAUAAAUAUACGUCGAGGAAAUAUAAUUAUUGCACGAAAUGCUCAAUUAUGUUAUGCUAAUUCUAUACGUUGGAAAGAUAUUAUUGAAGAUACAAAAGCACAAGUUAUAUUAAGACAAAAUCGUGAUAAUUGUGCUUUUUGUCCAACAUGUCCAUCGGCAUGUUGGUCACCAACACAAUGUCAACAACAAUGUCCAGCACAUUGUAAAGGAAAUUGUUUAUCAGAAACAAUUUGUUGUCCAGAACAAUGUGUUGGUGGUUGUUAUUAUCAAAAUAUAACAACAUCAACAGAUUUAAUUUGUCAUGCAUGUAGAAAUAUGAGAAUUUAUGCAACAGGAAAAUGUGUACAAAAAUGUCCAACACAUAUGCUUAAAGUAAUUGAUUCUUUAUGUGUAACACGUCAAGAAUGUACAUCAUUUUUUAUGAGUUCUGGUUAUGUAUUAGAUGCAACAAAUGAAUGUGUAUCAGAAUGUCCAAAAGGUUUUGAUUUAAUAUUAGGUUCACAUUGUGAACGUUGUAUAUCAACACCAGAAAAUGAUUAUUGUCAAGGUGCAUGUCGUGAACAACAUAUUCGUUCUAUAAGUGAUUUUAAUGUAUUAAAAUAUUGUUCACGUAUUCAUACAUUAAAUAUAUAUAAUAUAGCUGCUGUUGAAUCAACUGAAACAAAUUUAAUAGAAGCAUUUAAUGCAUUUGAAUCUCUUGAACAAAUUGAUCAUGAAUUUACUAUACAUAAUGUUAAUAUAUUUUCAACAUUAAAAAUUUUUUCUAAACUUAAACGUAUUGGUAUAACAACAAAUGCUACAAUAACAAUUGAAGAAAAUGAUUUUUUAACUGAAUUAUGGCCAUUAUCACAUCCACCACCAAUUAUACAAGGAAGUUUAAAUAUUGUUCGUAAUGCUCGUCUUUGUUUAAAACGUAUUGAAGAAUUUAUUAAUUAUACAAAUACAAAAGAAACAGAUUUACAAAUUACACCAAAUACAAGAAAUGAAUAUGCUAAUGGAUAUUUAGCAUCAUGUGAAUCAAAUUUAUUAACAUUAACUGUUGAUAGAAUACGUUCAUUAACAGCACAAGUUACUGUUGCUGUACCAAAAGAAUUAUUUUUUCGUUCAACUGGUAAAAAUGAUUAUUUACGUCGACCAUUUUUAUCUGUUUAUUAUAAAGCAACACAAACAAGAAAUGAAACACAUUUUGAUGCAACACAAUCACAUAAAUGGUUAAGAAUUGUUGAAAAAAUUAAUUAUAAUCCAUCACCACAUGGUGGUUCAUUUACAAUGAAUGUUGAUUUAACAUCACUUCUUGGUGCAACAUGGUAUGCUGUAUAUGCAUCAGUAACUUCAAAUGUUAAUACAGUUGGUUUAUAUUCUACAAUUGGUUAUUUUCGUACAUUACCACGUCAACCUGAACCUAUACUUAAUUUACGUGGUACAGGUUUAUCUAGUUCAAGUAUUAAAUUAAUGUGGCAACCACCAUCAAAACCUAAUGGUGAAAUAGCUAUAUAUCUUAUUUAUUAUGCACCUAUUGAAGAUCGUUUACCAAUAGAUAAUAUUAAAUUACUUUGUUUAAUGAAAGAUCGUUGGCAUACGGAAGUACCUGUAUCAAAUACACCAUUAAAUUUAACUGAUUCUUCACAAUGUUCACGACAAAUAUCAAAAUCUAAUGAUAUUAAUGAAGAUAUUGUUGAUGAACAUGAAGAAAAUACUGGUAUUGAUCAAGUUGUUACUGAUUUAGCUAUAAUUGAACAUCAACUUAUUAAUUCAGUAACACAACGUAAAGAUCCAUUAUUUAUACGUCCAGAUUUAAAAGAUACAAUUAUUAAUGAUUUAGAUCAUUAUUUUGAAGAUAAAAGUAGUUCUAUUAAUGAACAAUAUAAAAUUGAUAUAUCAAUUGAACAAAAUCCUGUUGAACAUAUGCCAUAUUUAAAUACAUAUAAUCGUACAUCAUUUAAUACAAAUAUUAUUAUUGAUAGUUUAAAACAUGCACAAAUGUAUAUGUUUCAAAUAUAUGCAUGUCAUGAUAUUAUUAAACAAACAAAAUCAAAUGCAUGUAGUUCAAAUGGUAUAAUAAUAAGUGUACGAACAAAAGCUGGUGAUCCUUCACUUGAUUUAGUACGUAAUGUUACAUUAAUAACACCAAUUGAUAGAUCUCAACAAUUAAAAUCCGAUAUGAAAACUGUUGAUUAUCAUAUAACAUGGUUUGAACCAUUAUCACCAAAUGGACUUAUUUAUUUUUAUACAAUAGUUAUUGAUCAAAAUAUUCAUAAUGGACCAAAAGAUGAACGUUGUGUUGGAAAUAAUAUACAUUCAAUUAAUGUAUCAUUAUUACCACGAACAAAUUAUCGUUUAAGAAUAACAACAUAUACUAUAGCAAGACUUAAUAAUGAAUAUGGUGAUAUAAAACAAUUAAAUGAUGAUUCAUAUUUAUUAAAUGCAACUAAUUUAUAUUAUCAAAUAUUUUUUACAACUAUUGAUUUACCUAAACGUGAAUUAAGUCGACAAAGUCGAAUUAUAAUAGUUUUAUUACUAACUGGUUCAAUUUUUCUUUUAUUAAGUAUUAUGUUUGGUGCACCAUAUUAUUAUUAUAAAUAUGGUCGAAGUGAUAAUAAAGCUUCGAUUUCAAAAAAUCCAAAUUAUGAAUUAUAUACACCAGAUCAAUGGGAAAUUGAUAAAGAUUCAGUAACAUUAAAUAAACUUAUAGGUCAAGGACAUUUUGGUCAAGUUUAUCAAGGUGUUAUAAAAUUAUCUGAUGGAACAUUAAAACCAUGUGCUGUUAAAAUUCGAACAACACAUCCAACAGAUUUAUUACAAGAAGCAUCCAUAAUGAAACAAUUUCAAUGUUAUCAUGUUAUUCAAUUAUAUGGUAUAUGUUCACGUAUUCGACCACCAUAUGUUGUUAUGGAAUUAAUGGAAAAUGGUGAUUUAAAAAAUUAUCUUUAUCGACAUCGACAAAGUGAAUUAACUCCAAAUAGUCCAACAUUAACUGAAUCAGCUAUGAUUCAAUUAGCAUUAGAUGUUGCUGAUGGAAUGUAUUAUUUAUCUGAUCAAAAAUUUGUUCAUAGAGAUUUAGCGGCAAGAAAUUGUCUUGUCAAUGGAAAUCAUACAUGUAAAGUUGGAGAUUUUGGUUUAACACGUGAUAUAUAUGAAACAGAUUAUUAUCGACGUGGUGGUCGAAGUUUUCUUCCUAUACGAUGGAUGGCACCCGAAAGUUUAAGAGAUGGACGUUUUGAUACUGUAUCAGAUGUUUGGUCAUAUGGUGUUCUUCUAUGGGAAAUAGCAACAUUAGCUGAACAACCAUAUCAAGGAUAUGGUAAUGAAGAAGUUGUACAUUAUGUUCGAUAUGGAAAUAUAACACUUGAACGUCCACCAAAUUGUCCUGAAAUAUUACAUAAAUUAAUGCGUGCUUGUUGGACAUAUUUACCUGUUGAUCGUAUAUCAUUUCGAUCAAUUGUUGAUGAAUUAGUUUUAUAUGAAAAUGAAGAUUUUCGUAUACAUGCUUAUUAUCAUACACAACCAAAUCUAACACGACAAGUUAGUUUAGUUGAUAGUAUUAAUAAUGAUGAUAAUGAUGAUGAAGAACAAGAUCUUUUAUUAAUGGGUAAAAUCGAUAGUGAUAAUAAUGAACAUAAUAUAUAA